AGGUAGCAACGCUUACAACAUAAAUACUGGUAUGAAAGUUGAAUAUUCGAUGUACUAUUUUUCUUAGUUUUUCUCUCCCAAAGCCUAGAUUAUGAAUUCUCACGAUGACGACGAGGACGAAGGUCCCUCUGUAGACUCGGCAGUUGCAGAGGAACGAAUCGCUGCCCGGAGGAUUCGGAUCCAAAGACGUUUAGAAGCAGCAAGGAGGGAAGCAAGCGGAGAGGAUGCUACAAAAAAGAAACCAGUUGAUUCCGAAAAGGAUGCACUUAAAAGCCGAAAACAAAUGGAAGACAGCAGACAGCGUUUGGUCAAGCUGAAAUCUGAUGGCACAGAACUUGUGACCAAUGUCCAUGUUGCAGCUGAUGCAAGGGAAUCUAUGAGAAGGCUGGAAGAAGAAGAACAACGAAGGCAACGGAAUGAGAAACUAGAAGCUGAAGCAAAAUCUGCGACUGAAAAAUUUGAAGAGAUUACCAAGAAAUGGGAAUAUGCUCUCUCCAAAGAAAUACCUCAAGAUUUGAAUUCAAUGUUGACAGAGCAAAAGUCAGCAUGUGAUGGCAUGAUAGAUGAGAAAAAUAAGCUAAUUCAUGACUUUCAACAGGAACUUAAGUCGAAGGAUGACCAGUAUGUGAAAGACUUGAAGAAGGCUGCUGAGGAUGUUGACCUUAUGGUUGAGCGAAUGGAGGAACAGAUGAAGCAGUUGACGAAGGCUUACAGGGAAGAACUCACUCAGAUUGAGAAAGCCUUUGUGACUGAAAGGUCUGAACUGAUUGAGAACAACAGAAAGAAAUGGGACACCUCCAUGCAACAGCGACGUGACAAAGAGGUUGAGUACAUGGAGUCACGACGCAAGAGAGUUGAAGAUCAUGAAAAUCAGUUGCAGACAUUAAGAGUUCAAGAUGCCGAGGAAUACAACAUGGUCAAAAUCAAAUUGGAAACAGAUGUACAGAUUUUAGAGCAGCAGCUACAGCAGAUGAAGGCCACCUACCAACUGAACCAGGAAAAACUGGAGUACAACUUUCAAGUGCUGAAGAAGCGAGAUGAAGAAAACACAAUCACAAAAUCACAACAGAAGCGUAAAAUCACCAGACUCCAGGACGUCCUUAACAACCUCAAGCAGAAGUUGGCAAAGCAAGAAAAACAAUACAGAGAGGAUAAUCAAGCUCUAACAGAUGAUUACAAGAGAAUUACAGAACAGUUCAGAGAACUCCAGAAAAAGUCAAGGCAUUUCCAAGCAACAGAUCAGAAGAAGUUCCAGGACAUCUGGGCCAUGAAUGAGGAGCAGGUCAGAGACCUGGUGCACAGUGUGCUGGAAGAAGAUAGAAUCAUCCAUGAACAUCAACUGGGUUUGCCAUGGGAGAAACCUGAUCUAGAUUUCAUGGACACCAGCAAGCCAGAAGAACCAACUGGCCCUAAGGAGAAGCAGAUGUCAGCAUCACAGAUGGCGCAUGAAAUCAUGUCUGGAGUUGGUACAGAUGAUGGAGAUGAUGAUAGUGAAAAGAGCUCAGUUGGAAGACAAGAUGGACAAAACGCAGGAAGGAAAUUAUCAGCUAAAACCAUCAAGGCUAUACUGGAACUGAUCUGUGACGAGGCUGGAUUUCUUGUAGAAUCCAAACUAACCAAACUGCUAGCUCCUCUUGAGAGAGAUGAGCAGUCUUUGAUGAAACUGGAUGCCAUCUUUGCAGCACUGGGUGUGGACACAGAAGAUGACAUCUAUCUGCUCUCAAACUACUUCCUGAAAGGUCCAGGGGAGGGUGAGCAGGCACAGGAAGGGAGCGAGAAAGGAGCCAAGGAUGAAGAGAUGGCAGAAGGGAAGGAAGGCAGGGAGGAGACAAGCGGUGGAGUGGACGAAGGAGAAAAGAAAGAUGAUGAAGGUUCAGUGGUGUUUAGUGUUGAUGAGAAAGCCAGCGACUCAUCUUCUGUCAAAGCUCAUUUGUCAGAAAUGAUGCAUCUCAUUCAUCCGAACGAAGUGGUGAUAUCUUUGAGACAGUUUGUGCAAGAUCAUCGCCAACCACAAAAGGAAACCAAGCGUCAAAGUCUAAAGUUGGGAAUCGGAGUUGGAAGAAUGGCCACACUGGAUGAAAGCUUCUGGCAAAAGAUGUCCUCUGUAAUAGAUGUAAAGAAAGAGCGAGUGUGGACAGCUUUGUUAGACGGGUUUGAGAAAUACUUGGCUGUGUUAACAGAGAGGGCAUCACUCAUACAAGAAACAGAUGCUCUCAAACAGCAGAAUGCAGAGCUGAGGAUGUUACUUCAUCAGUACGUGAACUCCAGGGUGAAUCAAGAACUCGAGAUUCCACCCACCAGAAUAUUACAGGCCGAACUGUCCAAAGAACACGAAUGAAUCAUACUUAACAUGUAAAUCUUGUGUAGAAAUAUGUCAUAUUUAUUGUAAUAAAAAAAAAGUUGUCUUCA